AUGCAAAUAUUCGUGAAGACACUAACAGGUAAGACUAUUACACUAGAGGUAGAUAACAACGAUACAAUCGAGAAUGUUAAAGCAAAAAUCCAAGACAAAGAAGGAAUACCCCCCGACCAGCAGAGGCUUAUCUUUGCAGGAAAGCAGCUUGAGGAUGGGAGAACCCUUGCAGACUACAACAUACAAAAGGAAAGUACAAUCCAUUUGGUGCUGAGGUUACGGGGAGGCUUUUGA